ACUCAUCUCUUUUUCCUCUCUCACAUCGCUCCUGCUCCGAUCAAUCACCGUUCAUUUCUUAAAUUUUCAAUCUACUAUUCUGAUUCCGUUUCCGAUGGUGAAAUCUAAAGAAGAAGAAGAAGGAAAUAAAUCAGAUGGACUUGAAAUUAUCUCAAUCGGAUCUCUAUACAGUGGAACCUGGGAUAAGAAGUAUUGGAGCUCGUCUAGGGGUAAAGAUAGGUAUCCUUAUCCUGUUGGAUAUCAAGCUUGUCGAGCUUAUAAUGGGAGCACAUAUAAGAUGGAAAUUCAGGAAGGUUCUAAAGGGCCAUUAUUCCUGAUUACUUCUGCUGAUGGACAUUCAUGCUCUGGGCAAACAGCGGAUAUUGCAUGGGAGAAAUUUCAGAAAAAAGGCUGCCUGCGCGUAAAUAUCUUGCAUGGCAAAAGGUUUUCUUGCAAGAUAGAUGGUAUAGAGUUCUUUGGGUUCCGAAACCCAUUAGUCCAGAGGUUACUUCGGGAGUUGGUGGCAAAUGUGAAUGGAAUAGCAGAACAAAGCCUGGUAUCUUCCAGUUUCUGCAUUGUGGCUCCAACAAUAGAUCCAAAUAGUGAAUACCAUGAUCCAAGCACAUCUUCUAACCUGUCAGUUUUGGAAAAACCACAUUUGACACGGAAAAGAGUCAAGAGGGGAAAUAACAAGCCAUCAGGAUGUGAUGAUUUUAAAAGACUGUGUGCUGGUGAUGUAACAUAUGGGAGUCGUAAGAAAAAAAAAUCUGUGCCGGCCUCCACUAUUAUUUUUAAUGAAAUGCACGACUCUUGCAUUCCUCUUAGUCCAGUUCUAGCAGGAUUGCAAUCAAAUUGUCCAACUGGAAAAGAAAAUAUUUGUUCUUCAGACAAAGAUGGUUUGCUUUUGAAGUUUGAUGACUACCCUAAUGAUGUUCGAGAGAAAGUUGUGUUGGCUGAAAGAGUAAGAAAGCCUGAUAAUUAUGAAAAUAACAAAUCCACUAAUGUAGUCAGCAACUCCUGUGCAGAAGAAAAACCUCUUGAUAGGUUGCAAGAUACUGAAGAAGUAAUUUCUGAACUGAAAGCUGUUGAUGCAUUAUGUCCAGACGAAUCUCAAACAGUUGAUGACGUUGAUCUUUGUGUUCCUGAUACUGAAUUGGAAGGUCUGAAUUUUCCAGUAUCAUCCAAAUUCAAAAAUGUGACUGAUCCAUGUCCAGAAGAAUGUCAAAGUGUCCUUGCUGUUCAUCUUUGUGCUCCUGAUACAUUAGAUUCUGUGCAAGAUAAUACGACAAGCUCUGCUACAGUUAUCUUGGAUAAAAUUACUUGUGGAGCUGCAGAAGAGUUCAUGGUUAAUGAUCUUUGUGUUCCUGAUACUGAAUUGGAAGGUCUGAAUUUUCCAGUAUCAUCCGAAUUCAAAAUUGAGGCUGAUCCAUGUCCAGAAGAAUGUAAAAAUAUCAUUGCUGUUCAUCUUUGUGCUCCUGAUACAUUAGAUUUCGUGCAAGAUAACACGAAAAAAUCUGCUACAAUUAUGUUGGAUAAAUUUACAUGUGGGGUUGAAGAAGAGUUCAUGGUAACUGAUCCAGUUGUUUCUGAACAAUUGGUGACUAAAUCAUCCCCAGAAGAAGAAUCGGGCACAUUUAGUUCAAAUUUCAGCUCUGAAAAAAGUGAUAUGGAUUCAGUUGGUCAUGAUAUAGCCAAGUCAAUGAUGACACUUCUGCUUCCACAAGCUAUUCCUCUGCUCAAUAUUACCUCAAGGAAAAAAAUUAAAACCCCCAGCCCUUCAGUGAAUUUCGAUAUUAAACCUAAACUUCAUGAAGAAAAUAUUGGAAGUGGCUCCUCAAUAAAGGCUCAAUCCUCUGAUAUAAAUCACUCAGUUAUACAAAGUUAUGGACAUGUUAAGUCUGUUGCUCUUGACAAAUUUGGUGGUGACCAAUUUCAGGAUCAAGUUAUGAACCAGCUAGUAUCGCCCUCCAAAAAUGUGGAAGCUGAUCAAGUUAGCUUUGGUAAAGAUGCUUCUUGUCUUCAUGGUGGGAAACGACAUGCUGAUCUAGACAUUAAGGGGUCAUUGGCUUAUCAUGUUGAGACCAAUGAGACUAAAGAUAUUUUAUGCGAUGAUAAAGUUCAGUUGAAUGAAAGAAAAAUGGCACAGGGUGGUGAAUUCCACUUAUCAGAAUUUGUUCUAAAUCGCAAAUCUUCCAGCAAGGAAGUUCCCACCAUAGUAAGCCAUGAUGUUCGCCAAAAUAUUAAUGAAAACUCAUUAGGUGCCAAGAUCAAUUCUGAGAAGAACCUUGAAACUGCACCCGAUUGUAAUGAAGCUGUAGGUACAAGUGCUGCUAGUGUAGGAGCCUUGGCGAGUUUGCAGUUAUCAAGGAAGGAAUCUCUUGAGGCCGGGGAUUUUGUAACCAGCAAGAUAUCCAGUGGCCAAGUCUCCAAAAGAGUAUACACCAGAAAAAAGGUCCCAAAAACAGAAGCUAUAAGGAGAAAGAACAGUCCUCUACUUUUAGAAAGUGCAGGGUGUAGCAAACUUAUAGAUGGUUGUACAGCAGGAACAACAGGAACUGCCCUCAACUCAGAGCUCUUCAAUGACCAAAAAGAAGUAGUUUAUACUGAUACCAGGGUUGGAGGGGAACUCCAUGGUUUGUCCACUGAAAAUACUGAUGUGACUUCUAAUCCCGUAUUGGAAAGCCGGGCGCCUUUUAUGUCAGUAAAUCAAGCAGAUUUCUGUGCUUCAGAAGACCAGGAUACCUCAAAUCCGUCUGUUCCAUCCGUGUUAGAUGUAGAAAAAUCCCAAAUCCAUUUAUCAGAGAAGAUAGCGGGGCUUAAGAAUUCUUUAGACAUUAAUCGUCUUGCAUCUCGAGAAGAAGGAAUAAGGUUCUGUCACAAGGACAGUAAUUCAGAAAUAACGAGGCAAAUGAACUUAGAGUUUAAUUGUGAGCUAGACAGCAUUGUUGAUUUUUUGGGAUGCUAUUUCCACCCUAUGCCUGUUUUGUCACUGUUGUUGAGCCGAAAAGGAAACGAAAUCUACAUUUGUAGUCUAUGUGGUCUUUUGGUAGAAAAGGACAGAACCCUAUUUCUUUACAAGCUAGUAAUUGAAGGGCCAGGAACAGGAUGUCCAUGCUUUAUUGGUCACACGUCAAUAACCUGGCCAUCUUCAGCUGAUAAAUUUGGUGGAGUAAUUCCAUUUGAAAGAUCUGGUUUGCAACUCACCCCAGAUGGGCAGUGUCUUGUUUUGCUUGGAAACACUAGAACACCAUGUUGCAGGGAAGGAACAUUAGAUUGUUUAUGCUCAUCAUGUACAUUAGACUGCUCUGAGAACAAUGGUGUGAAAAUUGUACAAGUAAAAGCUGGAUACGUAUCAGUUCUGGUUAAAUUGAGUACAUCUGACAGUUUGCUAUGUAUAUUGGUGUGUGAACCUGAUCACAUUGUUGCUGCUGGAGAGAAUGGAAAACUGCAUCUUUGGACCAUGAAUUCAUUAUGGAGUGCACCAACAGAAGAUUUCACCAUACAGUCUAAUGAUCACAUAUCCCCAUGUACGAUGGAGUUAAAGAGAAUACCAAAAUGUUCUUCUCUAGUUAUUGGGCAUGAUGGCCUUGGGCAGUUCAGAUUAUGGGAUAUCUCAAAACGUAUACUUGUCUCUAAAUUCUCGGCUCCAAGCAUUUCAGUUCAUCAAUUUUGUCCAAUCAGUGUGUUAUUUAGGCAAAGGGAAGUCAACGGUUUCAGUUACUCUAACAUGGAAGUGGACAUCAAUACAUUAUUGGAUGCAACAAAAAUGUGUUUUUCAGAGCACAGCAUGAAUCAUUCCCGUCCUCAUUCAGAGAAUGAAGAUAUUUCCAUCUGGUGUCUUGUCUUCACUGCCCCUCACUCUGAUGCUCUACAUGACUAUGGUUCAAGUGAUUUCCUGAUAAAUUCAGUUGGAGGUUGGAGGGUAGCACUACUGGUGAAAGAUACAUUGAUAUUGGGAAAUGCAUUGGAUCCAAGGGCUGCCGCUAUUGGUGCAUCAGCUGGUCAUGGAAUCAUUGGUACGCUUGACGGACUUGUGUAUAUGUGGGAAAUUUUGACAGGAAAGGUACUUGGCACGUUGCAUAAAUUCAAAGGUGGAAGUGCUUCGUGCAUUGCCACGGAUGGUUCAGGUUCAGGUGUCUUGGCGGUGGCAGAUGACAAAGGUCAGGUACUGGUAUAUAUGUGCCCUCAGCGAGUCUGAGUAUUAGCAAAAUAGGUCUCAUAUUCUUUCAAUUUGUUUUGGAACGCCAACUUCUGAGAGCGUAAACCUGUGAACUAAAUCCCCAUACGACUUCCUAAUGGCCGAGUCACAAAUGUAAAUAUUUUUGUUUUACGCAUAAAACUUCUCGCUCUUUUCUGUUGUAACGACAUACAUGAACAAGAUGAAAGGAAUACAUAUAUAAAAUGAUAAAUGAGGAUAAAACAAAUAUUCGGUUUAAAAUCUA